GCCACACUUCCACCCUAUCACAAAAUCUCCAUCAUCUUCCAUCAGUGCCUGCCAAACAUACAAAAAAAAAGACCACAAAACUUGAGCGCGGGUUGCAGCGUGAGGCUCUCCCCCCAAAACAUAUCCGACCCCCAAUCCAGCGAGUCCCCAAGAAAGUCCCGCAAGCAUGGCUCUGGACAGCGCCGAACUGGUGCAGUACGCCCGCGACAGCGCGUCGCGGGGCGAUGACCUCUUCGCGCUGCUCGGCGUCGACGCCACGACGCCCAAGGACGACAUCCACCGGGCGUGGCGGCGGGCGGGCCUCAAGUACCACCCGGACAAGGCGGGCGACAGCUACGACCCGGCCAAGUACGAGUCCUUCGAGCGGGCGCGCGACGUGCUGUGCGACCCGGCCGCCCGCGAGGCCUACGACGGGGGCCUGCGCGCCGCCCUGCAGAAGAAGCGCCGCGUCGAGGAGAUGUCCACCGACAGGAGGCGGUUUGUCGAGGAACUGGAGCGCGCCGAGAGGGAGGCCAAGAGGCCGAAGACGUGGGAGACCGAUGGGGGCUUGUCUCAGGCGGAGAGGAAUAGAGUCGCCGAGGCUGGGAGGAGGCGGAUGGAGGAGCGGGCGAGGCUGAUGAGAGAGGCUGAGGAGAGGAGUAAACAACGGGAGAAAGAACGACGGGAUGUUGCCAGUCCUGUUGCCAGUGCUGGUGCCGGUGCCAAUGCCAGUGCUGCGGCUCCCACUGUUGGCACCGAACAAGUGUCGACCCCGACUCCGCCCUUGGGUGGCAAAGACCGUAGGCCUAGCCGAGAGGGCUCGCCGAUGGCAUCGAAACCAGCAAAUGGGGAUGAAUACGACGAUCGGAUAGCGGACCUAGAGAGGCGGCUGAAAGAAAAGCAGGAGAGAAAGGCGGCGCGCAAGUCAGACAAGAGGGGAAGGAAGAGCGAUAUCUCGUCUCUCUCAUCACGGCGGUCGCCACCAGCCGGCGCGGGAUAUACACCCACUAAACCCCCUCAUGAUGCGUCAGAGCCAAAAGCUGACCGAGAGAAGACCCCAGAGUCCCGAUCCUUCUCGUUCAGGCCCUUCGCCGCUUCCGCGCCAUCCUCCCCUGCAACCACGAAACUCGGCUCCAGCACCUUACCUCAGUUCGCAUCCACCAUGGCGAGGCUGAAAGCUGCCCAGGCCAAGAGGGAGGAAGAAAGGCGAAAGCGGGCUGAGGCAGCCGGCGAACAGGCAGCAUAGACCGGUCGCUGCCUUGCCAUGUUUACAUUUUUCUCAUAUCAAUGAUACCAUAGCAUGAAUAGAAUUAAACUACGAUACCAAC